GACUCCCUACAUUCUUCCUCCAUUACCUCACUGCCUCCGGUGGCUGCUGGGAUACUGGAGGACUCGGGUCCCGGCUCGACUCAGUCCUCCAGCUGCCCGGGGAAUACCUCUAGCAGUUCUUCCCUGCCGCCACCGCCGCCCUGCCGCUUCCUCCUCCGCCCGCCCGCCGGCCUUCUUCGCCCCGCCCCGUCCGCGCCGCGCGUCCGGCCCGCCCGCGGGCCCGCUUCUCUCGGGAGCCCCCACCCAGGCGCAUGGCUCCAUGAAGCAGGAGGAGAAGGCAGAGCGCGAGAGGUCCCGUCCACCCCAGCUGCGUCUGGGCCAGGAGAAAAGGUACAGGAAGAAGGAAUGGAAUUGGAAGGAAGAAAGUUCAUUUCAGAGACAAAAUAACUCCCCUCCUCUCUUAUAGCUGUUCCCCUGGCAAUACAAACUAUCUGCUUUCAGAAAUGACUGAAUCCAGUGGAUAUUAUUGGCAGGCCUCAUUCUUCUCUGUGACUUGGUGGAAGGACCCAGGCCUUGAAGUCUGACAGACUGUGAUCCAAAUCCUAACUCUGCCACUUAGUGGCAGUCUGAUUUUGGGUUCUGCAGCACUCCAGUCCUCGAGCACUGAAUCAGGAUGGGAAAAAGACGUUGUGUUCCUCCACUUGAGCCCAAGUUGGCAGCAGGCUGUUGUGGGGUCAAGAAGCCCAAGUUAUCUGGAAGUGGAACGCACAGUCACGGGAACCAGUCCACAACUGUCCCUGGCUCUAGUUCAGGACCUCUUCAAAACCACCAGCAUGUGGAUGGCAGCAGUGGUCGGGAGAAUGUGUCGGACUUAACUCUGGGACCUGGAAAUUCUCCCAUUACACGAAUGAAUCCCGCAUCGGGAGCGCUGAGCCCUCUUCCCCGGCCCAAUGGAACUGCUAACACCGCCAAGAAUCUGGUGGUGACUGCAGAGAUGUGCUGCUACUGCUUUGACGUCCUCUACUGUCACCUCUAUGGCUUCCCACAGCCACGACUUCCUAGAUUCACCAAUGACCCCUAUCCGCUCUUUGUGACUUGGAAGACAGGGCGGGACAAGCGGCUUCGUGGCUGCAUUGGGACCUUCUCAGCCAUGAAUCUUCAUUCAGGACUCAGGGAAUACACGUUAACCAGUGCACUUAAGGACAGCCGAUUCCCCCCCUUGACCCGAGAGGAGCUGCCUAAACUUUUCUGCUCUGUCUCCCUCCUUACUAACUUUGAGGAUGCCAGUGAUUACCUGGACUGGGAGGUAGGGGUCCAUGGGAUUCGAAUUGAAUUCAUCAAUGAAAAAGGCGUCAAACGUACAGCCACGUAUUUACCUGAGGUUGCUAAGGAACAAGACUGGGAUCAGAUCCAGACAAUAGACUCCUUGCUCAGGAAAGGUGGCUUUAAGGCUCCAAUUACCAGUGAAUUCAGAAAAACGAUCAAACUUACCAGGUACCGAAGUGAGAAGGUGACAAUCAGUUAUGCAGAGUAUAUUGCUUCUCGACAGCACUGUUUCCAGAAUGGCACUCUUCAUGCCCCGCCCCUCUACAAUCAUUACUCCUGACACACGGCUGCAUGACCAGUCCCACCCCCCUGUGGCCACCAAUGGCUAUGACAUCAUUGGAGCAGAUGCCUCCUCUUCCUGGUCCAGUUACUUCUAUUACUGCACCAUUUUAUGAUGCUAGCUUCCGUUGCCAAGUCUGCCUCCAGCGACUGAGGGGGGGGCGGGGUUAUACUGAAUGAAACAGAACUUGAGGGGCCCAAGCCUUAUCUCAGCCUUUCCUCAAUAUGGGGUUCCGUUGGAUUGGGGCUCCUCCAUGACUAGUGAGAAUUACCGUGUGGGUUCAGAAGACCCUUGGCAUGCAGGUGCCGCUGCUGAUUUGCCGCCUCUGUGUUGGCCACACAGUGGAAGCCGGAAUUGAUGGUCCAUGAAGGCUUACCCACACACACCCCUACAGCCUCCCCAGAUCAAGUAGGUGUAUUCCCCUGGCAGUCUGGGCAACGGAGACCAACAAGAAACAUUUUUAGGUUGUUUUAAAUUCCUUUUUUAAACUUCCAGUUUAUUGCGUACCAAGAGUUGAUCACAACCUCCAUGCUUCAUAAGGACGCCAUGUUAGGGUUGAACGUGGGCACCAUGAGUCCUCUGAGGCUCCUGGACAGAGACCCACAUCAAGAUCGGAAGCCCUUUGGAUGGCGUUGCAGAUCUCAUUGCUCAAUUAGCCUCGAAGGUUUUAAUUCUCAUCCCACUCUCAGUUGGAUUUUCUGGCACUCUUCCUGCAUUGAGUCUCCUGGUAUUGAACAGAGCUCUGUGGUGUAGCCUGCUGAGGACUGCACUGGGAUGCCCAUGGGAGGUCCCGAAAUCAUCGCUGCAUGAAGUGAAAAAGGAGAGACCUCUUCCUUACCACCUGGCUACCUCACUCCUCUACUGGUAGCAGUGCCUAUAGCUGGAUCUAGGUUCUCAGAAGGCAUAAAUGUUCCAACAAGCACUUGGGUUGGGCUUUAGAAGGACACAUUGUCAUAGGAGAAAAUCCAGGGUCUUCAAGCUGUUUUUCUUUUCAGGCAGACAUCCUGAGGGACCUUUAAGCAGAGGAGUUCCUUUGUCUGGGUUGCCUGGAGAAGUGGGAAGACUGUUGCUGUUUCAGUCCUUUCCAGGACUUUAGAACAAAGCUGUGUAAUUAAACAAGAUGAAUCUUUAUCUUGCCUAACAUGCUGGGACUCUUCACCCCACCGUGGCAAAGUUCCAAAUAGCUCAUUUUAUCCUAGGUCAUUCAGACUUUCAUGUGGCAUAUUUCCCUUCCCCAUUGUUGCUGAUUCCAAAUAGCUGUCAGCAAGUUUCUCCUCCCUCUUGCCUAUUCUUCCCUCAUUUGGUGGCAGAGUUCAUAGAAGCUGGGGACUUGGAAGAUGCUCUGGAAACACUGUCACAGAGGCACUGCUGAAAGGAUUCACAGGAAGAGGUGGCCAGUUGGAAGGAUGGACCCGGAGGGUGAUACACUGGUUGCCAGCAACAUGGUUAGAGAACUCUUGAAGUGGAUUGGGUGUCAGUCCGGUGAACACCAUUGUUUUGAUUUAAUUUAUUUUUUAAAGUUUAUGUGGUGAUGGUGUGGCUUACCAAAAUGGGCAAAUAUCCAAAUCAAAAGAAAUUUUGAGUUUUCUUCUGCCCGGAAUGGGGAAGGGGGAGCAGGGACAUAAUCCACGAAAUGACACACAUGCCAUUCUAGGCAUUGCUGUCUCAUUUCUUGGAAGAAAUGGCUGAGGAUGAGCAGAUUUGCUUGGCACCGUCCUCUGCUGUUCAUGAGGAUAUGGAAUGUGCAAGGGAAGUGGGCUGAUCUCAGGAUGCCCAGGUCAGGCCGCACCACCCUAUCUUAACUCUUGUGCUGUGUUCUCGCAUCCUGCCACUUUUCCCUUGCAAGGUUAAUGAAAAAAAAGCUUUUGAAGAUGAAGGGAUUGUUUCGUGAUUUCCUGCUGCUGAGAAUAAUAAAUGUCUUGUUAACAAACAAAUGUGACGAUAGUUACUCUUAGGUGCCAUGGAUUGAUGUCGGGGUGGUCAGCUCCAGACUAAACCACCCGCCUCCAAUUUGUACAACAGUAUUGAUACAUAGGGCUACACUCACUACUGUUCAAGUGUUCUGUGUUAAAAGUUGUGUUUAAUUUCUAAAGAUUAAAAAAAGCAAAAAAAUUGGUGCUAAACUUUCACCCCUGAGCACGCUCAGUGAGACUGGUCAUGCAAGCAUUUACUACAGUGCCAUGCUCUUCAAGCCUAUUUUGUCUUGUAGAAAUGUUGCCCUAUUUGUCUUCCCCAGUGUAUAGUAUAUUUUUUAUUUUAUUUUAUUGAGGGUGGGGUAGGAUACCUGCCAUUUAUGAAAAUGAACAGAAAAUUUAAAAACCCACGAAAUGGGGAAAAAAAAAAUCAGUGCACAAGAAUUGGGCUGAUUAAGCCCAGCACCACACUGAAGUGGGCUCAGUGGGUUUUGGAGUGAAGAAGCCUUACUCCCUGCACAUUCCCUCAUGCUCCCAUACAAGUCCAGCAGUGGAGAUGCUCAAGUCCCUCUGGCCUUGUCAGGGGGAGUCAGGAGUCGACCAAGGAAAAACUAUUUGGCCCCAUAAGGAAUCCCGCUGUCAGUGUCUGUCCUGAAUGGGGCCUAGUCAGGAAGCAGUCUGGAAGUGUACAGUCAUGGUCACCUCAUGAAGAUGUGUGGCAGGUGGCUCUCAGGAAAAAUAUUAAGUCUGGAUCAUCCAUGUGGCAGCUUUGCAUAGGGAGAUGACGGCUCCGAACUGGAACUGAACUGCCUUCCACAUGCUUGACCAAAGCCGUGAUGAGGGUGGCCGGUACAUGUGUGAGUGGCAGGUCUAAAAAGAAGGGACUGUUUUCUGCUUGGUGUUGACUUUGUCCUUGGGCUGCUCAAGCUGAACAGUAGGUGACUGCUGUUAAGGAACCAGCCCAUGUUGGCUGGUUCAGUUCGGAGUGUGUUUCAUCCCUAGCUGUGAGUGCCUUUUGGUCUGGAAAGUUGGCUUGUCUCAUAAUACCCACAGCUAGGACAUUCUCUCUGUAAUUAUGAAUUGUCCUUGUUUUACGUUAACUAAAAGAGAAUGUCUUUGAUCACUAGAAUUUGUCGGUGUUGGAUUGUUUCCACUGUGAGGUUCUUAAACUUUUUCGCUUCAUACUAUUAAAGCAACUCAUGUUAGAGACCCUUUCAACAUGAAAGGUUUGUAGUUGAGACAUUACAUAUAUUUUGUUGUUUAUAAUAAAAAUCAUCUAUACAGAAGUCCUGGGUGUUAAUUUUAAUAUUUGCACAAGACCUGUUUUCCAUGAUACGUUAACACCUACACUUUCACUAACUGUUGAUGCUAUUUUCUAUUGAGAUUCUGGAGCGUAGGGAGUUAUGUGUUUGUUUUGUUUAUUUUCAUUCUUACUUCCCUGAAGCAAGAGACUUUGUAUGGCCUUCAGUGCAAAGACUUCAGACCAAUUCUUUGUAUUACACUUGGUUGCCUCUUGGCUAUAUAACUUCUGAGUGCAAAUCAUUGAACUCUAACGAAGUAUUGUAGAGAAUAAAUCAUAAUGGGUAAAAA